GACCCGCACCGCGGGUGGUCAAAGCGGGAAUGAGAAGCGUGGAUGCCCGUGGGUGGGAGGAGGAAAGGGAACCUGGAAGUCGUGUGGUCUCCGCUGUGCUUCCCCCUCCGCCGAUUGAUUGUUACUUGACGUGAGAACUAGAUCAUAGCCCUGAAUAGCUGGCUUCAGGCUUGGCGCUGUCUGACUUUGGUGUUUCUAAGCCUUGGGUCCUCAUUCUUAGUGUGCAGGUUAAGAACACCCACCUUCAUCAUUCAGCGGUAUUUAUCAGUUGCCAUCUGGCAAGGCACUAAGUCUUGGAGGUGCAGUAGUGAGGAAGACAUUUCCUGUUCUUGCCCUCGAUAGAUUCGUGAGGGCAGAUAGACAAAAACGAUAGUUUCAGAUUGUGAUAGUAUCUAUGAGGGAAAUAGAGUGACUACGGGUCAAGACUUUACUCUUUUAGGAGGUGAUGUUUAAGUUAAAAUUUGAAGGAUGAAAGAGAAUAAGCAAUGUAAAAAGCAGUUCAGGCAUAGAAAAGAAAAAGUGUGAAGGCCCUGUGGUAGGAAAGAACUCAGAGCAUUCUGGGAACAGAAAGUGGCCAUUGUGGCUGAAGAGCAUUAUGGGAGGAGGAGAGUGGCACAGGAUGAGCCAUUCCACAGAUUUUGAAGUACACCGAAACUGGCUUGCUAUCACUCACAGUUUGCCAAUAUCACAAUGGUAUUAUGAGGCAACUUCAGAGUGGACCUUGGAUUACCCCCCUUUUUUUGCGUGGUUUGAGUAUGCCCUGUCACAUGUUGCCAAAUAUUUUGAUCAAGAGAUGCUGAAUGUCCAUAAUCUGAAUUACUCCAGCUCAAGGACCUUGCUUUUCCAGAGAUUUUCUGUCAUUUUUACAGAUGCACUCUUUGUGUAUGCUGUCCACGAGUGUUGUAAAUGCGUUGAUGGGAAAAAAGCAGGUAAAGAACUUACAGAGAAGCCAAAAUUUAUCCUAUCAGUGUUACUACUGUGGAACUUCGGGUUGCUAAUUGUGGACCAUAUUCAUUUCCAGUACAAUGGUUUUUUAUUUGGACUAAUGCUACUCUCCAUUGCACGAUUAUUUCAGAAAAGGCAUAUGGAAGGAGCAUUUCUCUUUGCUGUUCUUCUGCACUUCAAGCACAUCUACCUCUACGUAGCUCCAGCUUAUGGUGUAUACCUGCUACGGUCUUACUGUUUCACUGCAAAUAAACCAGAUGGGUCCAUCCGAUGGAACAGUUUCAGCUUUGUCCGUCUUACUUCCCUGGGACUGAUAGUUUUCCUAGUUUCCGCUCUUUCAUUGGGUCCUUUCCUAGCCUUGAACCAGCUGCCUCAAGUCUUGUCCCGACUCUUCCCUUUCAAGAGGGGCCUCUGCCAUGCAUAUUGGGCUCCAAACUUCUGGGCUUUGUACAAUGCUUUGGACAAAGUGCUCUCCGUCAUUGGUUUGGAAUUGAAACUUCUUGAUCCCAACAAAAUUCCCAAGGCCUCGAUGACAAGUGGUUUGGUUCAGCAGUUCCAACACACAGUCCUUCCUUCAGUGACUCCCUUGGCCACCCUGAUCUGCACUCUGAUGGCCAUAUUGCCCUCUGUUUUCUGUCUUUGGUUUAAACCUCAAGGGCCUAGAGGCUUUCUCCGGUGUCUGAUUCUUUGUGCCUUGAGCUCCUUCCUGUUUGGGUGGCAUGUCCAUGAAAAAGCCAUACUCCUCGCAGUUCUCCCAAUGAGCCUUCUGUCUGUGGGAAAAGCAGGAGAUGCUUCCAUUUUUCUGAUUCUGACCACAACAGGACAUUAUUCCCUCUUCCCUCUGCUCUUCACUGCACCAGAACUUCCCAUUAAAAUCUUACUCAUGUUACUGUUUACCAUCUAUAGUAUUUCCUCGCUGAAGACUCUAUUCAGAAAAGAAAAGCCUCUUUUUAAUUGGAUGGAAACUUUCUACCUCCUUGGCCUGGGGCCUCUGGAAGUCUUCUGUGAAUUUGUAUUCCCUUUCACCUCCUGGAAGCUGAAGUACCCCUUUAUCCCUUUGUUACUGACCUCAGUGUAUUGUGCGGUGGGCAUCACAUAUGCGUGGUUCAAACUGUAUGUUUCAGUAUUGACUGACCCUCCUGUCGGCAAGACAAAGAAACAAUGAAUAAAGGAACUGCUUGGAUGUA